AUGUCUCGUGCGGGGCCCGGGGCGCUGGUGGGGGGUGCGGGGGGGUACGGGGGGCAGGGCACGGCCCGCGUGGUGGUGUGGGAGUGGAGGAACGAGCACGGGCGCUGGAGACCCUACAGUGCCGCCACGUGCCACCACAUCGAGAACGUUCUCAAGGAGAACCCGCGCGGAACUGUGCUGCUCGGACACGUGGAACCGCAGCUGGCGCCCUACGCCAUCGACCUGCAGAACAUGCAUCAGUUCCGCCAGGACACCGGCACCAUGCGUCCGGUGCAGCGGAACUUCUACGAGCCGUCGUCGGCCCCGGAAAGGGUGGUGUGUGGGAGUGGAGAGAGCGACUUUACGGCGUGGGCGCCCGUGCGACAUGGAGCUGAGCUGCCGCUGCAGCAUCGCCCAGACGAGAAGCAGCACCCCUGGCUGGACCUCACCUCGCUGGGCUUCCCGUACCUGCUGGACUUCAGCGCCAUGCUGCAGACCAAUCGGCAGAGCCAGCGAUGCCGCCCGCCCUGCCGGGCCCGAUGGGAUCUGGGCGUGCCAGCCAUCGCCGGGCGAUCCCCAAGUCCCAGUCAUUGGGGGUGGGGAGGCGGUGGGCCCUGCUGUUCCCUGGCGCUCAGUAGCUUAUUGGUCAAUACAGCACGCUGGCGCGCCCACGCCAUCCUGGCGUCCCAGAGGAGGGGCGUGGGCAAGGGCGGGACGGGGGCGGUUGCCGGGGCGACGGUGAGACAGAGCAGCACGUUCGGAGGGACGACGGGCCGGCGGCGAUUAAUCAUCAGGGGACCGACGGGUCGCCGUGGCAACCUGGAGCAAUAUCUCAGUGGGAGGGGAGGAGGAGGGGUUUCAGUGAGCGCUAGCUGGUUUCAGCUGCUCUGCCAGGCUACACACACAUGGCCACACACACCUCGCUUUACGCACACACACACACACGCUCUCACCAUCAACGGCCAGAACAACCUCAACCGACCCGGCACACAGCGCAUUGCUAUGGCAACCAACCGAGGAGCCAUCCCACCAGGAGUCCCUGCUCUCCCAGUGAAGAAUCUAACAGGAUCUGGACCUGUACAUCCAGCACUGGCAGGUAUGACGGGCAUCCUGAUGUGUGCGGCAGGGCUUCCUGUGUGUCUGACCCGCGCCCCCAAACCCGUCCUGCACCCCCCACACGUCAACAAGAGCGACCUGAAGCCCGUCCCAGGGGUCAGCGGCAUCCGCCGCAAGACCAAGAAGAAGCACCUCAGGAGAGGCAAACAUCCAGAGGACGUUGUUCGCAGAUACACGGAAAAGAUCAAAUCCGCUCCUGAUGAGGACUGCACCAUCUGCAUGGAGAGGCUAGUCACAUCCUCCGGCUAUGAAGGCCUGCUGAGCCAGAAGGGCAUUAAGCCAGAGCUGGUGGGCAAGCUUGGCAAGUGUGGCCACGUGUACCAUCUGCUCUGCCUGGUGGCCAUGUACAACAACGGCAACAAGGACGGCAGUCUCCAGUGCCCCACAUGCAAGGCCAUCUACGGGGAGAAGACCGGCACUCAGCCCCCUGGGAAGAUGGAGUACCACGUCAUCCCUCACUCACUUCCAGGCUACGCCGAGGUCAAGACCAUACGCAUCGUUUACGACAUCCCUGCAGGCAUUCAGACCCCAGAGCAUCCUAAUCCAGGUAAGAAGUUCAGCGCAAGAGGGUUCCCACGCCACUGCUAUCUCCCCGACAACGACAAAGGACGGAAGGUGCUGAAGCUGCUGAUCAUGGCGUGGGACCGGCGGCUCAUCUUCACCAUCGGCACGUCCAGCACGACCGGAGAGUCGGACACGGUGGUGUGGAACGAGGUCCACCACAAGACGGAGUUCGGCUCCAACCUCACUGGCCACGGCUACCCCGACCCCAACUACCUGGACAACGUGCUGACCGAGCUCUCCGCUCAGGGCGUCUCCCACGACAACCUGAAGGAAUGAGGCCCGUGACACGCAGGACGUCUCCCACGACAACCUGAAGGAAUGAGGCCCCAUGACACGCAGGACACUUCACACGCAGACAACCUGAAGGAAUGAGGCCCGUGAGCCUGUGCAGGACACUUCACACGCAGCACACUGACCCUGAUGGACAUGAGUAGGCACACACACUCAUAAAGAGUGGCGCCCUCUGCUGCUGUGGAGGGGUCUUGUCUGUUUGUCUAAAAUAACAUGCCCCCUCCCCCUCCUCACAAUGAGCUUGACCUCAGAGGGGGGUCAAGAGGAGGUGAGAGACCUUUGACCUUUGAACACCGCCGAUUGCUGUGGGUUGCCAGGAGACUGCUGAGGAUUCUGAGCACCAGACACACACACACACAUGUAAACACACACACACACACACAUACACACAUGUACACACAAACAAACCCCACACACAAAUGCCUACACACGCUCAUACACAGAGGUGUGAGGGGAAUGAAAUCAUGUGAGAACCCUGUGAUCAAAGAUGUCUCGACACAAGUUUUGUACGAUUUCCAGUUUGCAUUGACCCCGGACCCCUGCCAUGACCCCUCUCACAAAGAGUGGCGCCCAGUUUGCAUUGUUAGCCAAUCACACUUUCAUCACAGUGACCUGCUCUGGAUGACCCCUGCCAUGACCCCUGAUCUCUGCCAUGACCCCUGACAUGACCAGUCAGUGAUGGUACAUGACCCAAUGGGUCUAACUGUGUGACUUUAAGGGCAUUUUCAGAAGACGUGUGUUAAGGAAAGUUUCAGAAGACGUUAAGAUGUCAGAAAGAUUGGAAACAUGGAUGUGGACUGAAAAGGCUCCUCACUUUUAAGGGUUAGCCUUUAAAGCUGUCUGAUCCAGCUGUGUCACUUUUAAGGGUUAGCCUUUAAAGCUAUCUGAUCCAGCUGUGUUAGUUUGUCUGAAGUCAACACAGCAUUGGGUUGGGUUGGGUCAGGUUGCUGAUCAACACAGCAUUGGGUUGGGUAGGGUUGCUGAUCUACAGUGAAUGCCUGUGUGGCUGAGGCUAAAGCAGUGGCUCAUGGACUCUACUUAUUUACACUGACAUGAUAGCACAGAAGAUUUGACGUGUUUAAAGUGUGGUUUGAAUGCCAACACACACACACACACAGACCUGUGACGCUUGUUGUGUUUUUAUGGGCUUUAGGGGAUGAAAAGGGUGUUUUUGAACAGAAAAUGUGAGUGUUUGUGUUUGUGGAGUUUCUCUGUUUAAGGAUGAAGACGGCAACUGAUUUGAUCCCUUUCUUUUAGAUCUGCCCGUCUGGGUUUGUUAAGACUGGGUUAGGGUUAGACACACACACACACACACACACACACACAACUGAUUUGAUCCCUUUUCUCUUAGAUCUGCCCGUCUGGGUUUGUUAA